UCUUGGAAAGGCGUCAGUGUUUGUUUGAUCUCCACACAGUUGCUUUGUGGCUAGAACGAGAUUCUGCGAAAAACUACUCCCAGUGGACAGAUUUAAAUAGGCAAAACUAAGCAUUUUGUACUCCAGAACUGUUUUUCUUUACACUUAUACAUUUUUCCAGAAUUCACGAACUUUCUGCAACUUUUUUAGUUCUGUGGACAGUUUGGAUUCAUCACUUGGAAGAGCAUGUCACUUGUUUUGGAAAGAUGGAGAGCCAUCAUUCCCAUUUGAGGGCUGCCAGAGCAGGACUCCGAAGAUGCGACAUAUGAGCAUUCUGUCCAAAGAAGAUAAACUAUUUGCAGUGGAAAACUUUACCAACUCUCAGUUUGGAGAGGGUUUACAUGUGUGCUGACCAAAUCUUUUGAUGAUUUUUGAAAACGUUCAACCUGCGGUGACUGAGUUGAGCCAAUGAAAGAUGGAUUUUGAAAAUAAAACAUCCUACCAUGAACCACCGGGAAGCUGGUUCUUUGUCAUGGCAGUCAACAUCAUCCUGGUCACAGUGGUGGGAAACCUGCUGGUUAUUAUCGCUGUGGCACGCACUGCACAAUUACAGACUUCAACAAACAUCUUUAUUAUGUCCUUAGCAUGUGCAGACCUUAUCAUGGGGGUCCUUGUGGUCCCGUUUGGGGCCAGUUAUGUUCUGACAGGUGACUGGCUGCUUGGUAAAACCUUCUGUGACCUCUGGACUUCAAUUGACAUUCUGUGUGUGACGGCGAGCAUUGAAACGCUUUGUGUCAUCGCAGUUGAUCGGUAUGUAGCCAUCACAAGGCCACUGCGAUACACAGUUCUACUCUGUAAAUUUCGUGCCAGAGUAAUAGUUUGUUUAGUCUGGGUUGUGUCUACUUUAAUUUCAUUUGUACCAAUUAUGAUGACAGAUUGGUGGGUAAAAAACGAAACGGAGGCGAAAAGUUGUUAUAACAAUACUGAAUGCUGUGACUUUGUGGUUAACAAAGAAUAUGCUAUUUCAUCCUCGUUAGUCUCUUUUUAUAUCCCGCUGGUGAUAAUGAUAGCUGUGUACGCACAAGUCUUUGUAAUUGCAGCACGGCAGGUCAAGCUCAUUAAGAAAAAUCGACCGCGUUUGCAGAACGAAUGUCUUGCACAGAUUCAAACUGGCUCCAACUUGAACAAUCUCCUGCCGCAAACAUGCGUGGCCUCCAACAGCUGCAACAACGGGGCGAGGAAAAAAAGUGCCAAGAGGAGGCCUUCACGACUGCUGAUUGUUGAGCUCAAAGCUAUCAAGACUUUGGGCAUCAUCAUGGGGACCUUUACCAUAUGCUGGCUGCCAUUCUUUGUUGCCAACAUUAUCAAAGCUUUUGACAAAGGCAUCCUUGGAGAGCGCCAGUUUCUGUAUUUGAACUGGCUGGGCUACAUCAACUCUGGUCUCAAUCCCAUCAUCUACUGCAGGAGUCCAGAGUUUCGAACUGCUUUCAAAAACCUAAUGGGUUGCCCGUGGCUGUCCACGGUGUGGCUAAACUCUUUUUAUAAGGAACUGCGGACUCGCUGCUCCUGCUUUCUGUGGCAAACUGAGUCAGGCACUGUGGGGUCUUUCCAAAAGUCUCGAGAUGGUAAGACUGAGGGCAGUGGCAGCCUAGGCAGCAGAAGUGAGGAGAUGUCCAUUGGUCUUUCGCAGUCCAAUGGCAGCACACAGUUCACCAACUGCUUGGAACCAGGAUCCCAAUUCUGCACAUUACAGGAAAGGGAAGGCUGAACAUUUACAUGUUAAUCUACUGAAGCAAACUGUUACUGUGACUCCAGCAAGCGUCUGAGACCAAUCAGCCUUGAAGACAAGUUAAAGUACAUCAGCAGCUGAAUGACGUUUUCCCAAAGGAGAUGAAUGGACUGACUGAAAGCCGCAGAUUUGGACUGGAAAGGACUGCUAUGACAUUUUUUUUUUUAAACAGGACAUUGGCUGCUCUACCGUGCUGCUCAAAAGACAUUUGUUGACACCAAAAGUACUUCCUGCUGCCAUCCACAUGUUGACAUAUUGUUUACAUAGAGUGUUAAUGAAUAAGACAAAUGCACAAUCUAAAUGCAUUGUUAAUCCUUUAAACACAGUGUACAAUAUGAGCCCUGUGGGCACAGAAAUGUCAGCUUCAAUUAAUUAUUUACAGUGCAUUAAGUGAUAAGUUAUGUAUUUAUGAUACACUGAAUCUGUAGCAAAAUGACAAGUUCUGCUGAGGCUGGUGUCACUGUAGAGACAUUUUCAUCACACAAACCUUUCAGUGUAAUAUUAUUCAAACCAAUGAGCUGUGCAGUGAAAUAACCAACUCUGUCUAAACUUGUUUUUAUUCUGAGCAUUGGCUCUUUGUUCGCACAAUUUUGCCUUGAUUUCUCUGUUUAGUUGUUAUUGUCUUUAUUUUAUUAUAAUGUGAAAACCGUCUGCUAAGAAAUCUUAAAUAUGAUUCUGGUUAGUACAUGUUUUUGUGCAAGCAAGGGUACAGUAUUAUAAACUACAGGUAAAUAUAUACAUCAAGUAAUUCUGCUAUAUGCUCUGUUGCUAAUAUAAGCUCAGUAAUACAUUCCAAAUAAAAAAUACAAAUUGAUUUGCUAAAGGGAACUUUGCUUACACAUUCUCUAUCAUUACACUGUAGUACACAAUAUUAAUUUCGGACAAUUGUAUUUUAAAAAAGGUUCUUAUUUUCUAAAAGGAGUUUGCAAGGAAUUAGACCGAGAAAGACAAAGCAGAUAUAUGUAAAAUAAAAUGCUUUAAAGAUUUCAGAGAAAAUAAUCAGGAAGCUAUGAGGGAAAUGUUCUGACCAAAGGUACAAUUGAAGUUAAAGAAAAAGAGCAAUUGUUUCUUUUUGUAAACAGUCACAUGGCCUGUUCAUAUUAAAAGCCAUUAGAUAAUGGAUACCACCUCAGUUUGGUAGGAACAUGGCUCAGUGUGAAAUGUGUCCUGUAUUCAAGUGCAUGCAAAUAUAAGUAGCAACACCCCUGACUGUUCAUUGAGUUGUAGCUGUUUGUGCACAAUCUGAUUCCUGGCAGAUUCCCUUCGGCCUUUUAAAUAUUUUAAUAUGAUGAACUAAUCAUUCGGAAUGGAAAACAUUUUCCUUUUUCCUAAAUUAGCUGCAAAGUAGUCUUGUGCCUCAGCUGCAGGCGAAAUAAUAAUGAGGCUUGUUAUGGUUGACCUCAUGAAUAAAUGCAGCUAUAACUUGUGUUAAAAAAAUAAAAAGGUUUGUAGGGUAACAGAUCACAUGUCAUUUAAAUCCUGGUGUAAAAAGUAAACCAGAAACCUUGAAGAUAUUAAAUUAUUUUUUUAAACACAGUUUUGCUUAGAUAUUUAUUAAGAAUUUCUUAAAACAUAAACAAUGGGCAAAUACAUUAUUUUGUACUGCAGUGAAUGUUGCUCUGACAACAAUUAUAGCUGACCACUUCUAAAUCUAGUUGAAUUAAUGUUUAUUAAAUUAGUUUUUUUGAUUUGUUUAUGGUGAUUUAACUUAUUUUUGUCGUUUGGUCGUUUUUCAUACUCCUUAGGAUUUUUAAGUAUUGGUGAUUUAUUCACUUCUUGCCAUAAUGCAAAUAGCUCUUCAUACAAUGAAUCUAGGAAAAUAAAAUAAAGUUUGGCUACUUUUUGUUUUUAUGCACAAGUUUUUAAUUGUUUGAUUAAGUCAAAAUUAUUAAAAGUAUUGACCUGUGAUUAACUGGCAAACUGUCCAGUAUGAACCCUCCUGUUGCCCAAUGACCGCUGGAGAUAGGCACCAGCCCCCCCUGACCCUGCAAGGACAAGCGGGUAUAGACGGCACAUGGAUGGAUAAUAAGAAUACAUUAUGUUUUACCAUAAUUUCAAAAACAAAACAAAUAUUUAAAAAUCUUAAUUUCUAUUUGACUUACAUUUUAAAAGUAAAACAACCUAGCCUAGCAAUUUUGCUAUUAUUUGCAAUUUGAGCUAUGUGUAAUAGUCUUAUUGUGUUAACAGAAAUUGUUUCAAUUACAUCAAAUCACCAAUGAUUACUGUGAAAUAACAUUAUUAUUGUUAUUAUUAUCACUAUUAUUAGUAGUAGUAGUAGUAGUAAGAAGUUGUUUGAAAAAUUUAAAUUAGGCUCUUAUUUGUAGAUUUGAAUUCCUGUAAUAGUGGGUACUAAACGUCCAGGUUGUUCCACUAUAAAACUGAAAGUGUGGUUUAUUUUAGUUAAGCUUCUUUUUGUCUUAAGGGUUUUAAAAUGACAAAAAUAUUUUAAACUAACAACAUAUUUCUUGUUACAUCUUUGUUGCAGCAGAAAGAAAAAGGAGAGAAUGGCAACUCAGGACAAAAUAAAGAUGAUUUUGUGUACAAUGA